UUAUUAAAUCAUUGCUUUCUUACUUAUCUGAUAAUAUGUCACUUUACCGAAUGAAUAAGCAAAAAUUUUAUUUCAAAGCCACUUUAUAUCUUGGUAAUGGUAAAACGGGAGAUCAGGUUCGUAAUAAGAUCAGCUCACUUAUCAACAGAUAUAUGGAAGAAAGCUCGAACAAAACUGGCAAAGGUGCAUCUAAUUGGCUUUUUUAUACUGAAAUGAAUGAUAUAUUUGGAAAUCGUGAAAAUGUAAAUCCAGACUAUUUGGUUAAUAGCACGGGUCAGGCAAAGUUAGAAAAUAAAUUGUAA